CCUCAAACCUUUCUCCCUCUUUCAUUUGGAUCACACACACAAAGGAAGGAGCCAGAGCACCAUACAGCUCUUUCUUUCUGGAGGAUGGACGACAACAUGGGAGCCAGAGCAUCAAACCAGAGGGAAACAGAGCAACCAUCAUUGCCCAGAAAGGGUGGCUUCAGAACCAUGCCCUUCAUCAUAGUGAAUGAAUCAUUUGAGAAAGUCGCCAGCUAUGGGCUGAUGCCCAACAUGAUCUUCUACCUUAUGAAAGGAUAUCAUAUGCAGAGCGCAAAUGGAGCAAGCAUAUUGUUCUUCUGGGCAGCUAUAUCCAACGGUCUUGCUAUUGUCGGUGCUUUCCUCUCCGAUGCUUAUUUGGGCAGAUUUCGUGUCAUCACCAUAGGAUCCUUCUCUAGCCUUGUCGGAAUGAUACUGCUAUGGCUAACAGCUGUUAUCCCAAAGUUGAAGCCUCCACCAUGCGCGGAAUCUAGCAGCAGCGCUUGCGACUCGGCGACACCUGCCCAGCUGUUCGUGUUGCUGUUCUCUUUCGGGCUCAUCUCCAUUGGAGCUGGCUGCAUUAGACCAUGUUCCAUGGCCUUUGGUGCAGACCAAUUGGGAAGCAAAGACAACCCCAUUAGCGCGAGAACUCUACAGGGCUUCUUCCAUUGGUAUUAUGUGUCGGCAUCAUUUUCGACAGUUCUGGCAUUGACUGCCAUUGUCUAUAUUCAAGAACACUUGGGAUGGAAUGUGGGGUUUGGAGUGCCGGCAAUUCUAAUGUUGUUUUCAGUCCUCAUGUUCUUGUUGGGCUCUUCUCUCUACGUUAAAGUGAAGGCUGAGACAAGCGUUUUCAGUGCUUGUAUUCUGGUAUUCGUAGCUGCCUUUAGAAAAAGAAAUCUUCCACUUUCUGCCACAAAUCUAGAGUACCAUCACGGCAAAGACUCAAGCUUCACUGCUCCAACUCACAAUCUAAGGUGUCUCAACAGAGCUUGCAUCAUCAGUGAUCCUCAAAAAGAGUUGAACCCAGAUGGGUCAGCUUCAAAUCCAUGGAAGCUCUGCACAAUUGAGCAAGUGGAAUCACUCAAAGCACUGCUAAGAGUCAUGCCCAUGUGCUCCACUGGCAUCAUCAUUCUCUUGGCCUUGAACCAAUACUCAAUCUUCUCCGUUCUCCAGGCCAGCAUCAUGGACCGACACCUCACUCCCAAUUUCCAAAUCCCAGCAGGAUCCUUCUCUGUCUUCUCUGUUCUCACAUUAACAAUCUGGAUUCCCAUAUACGACCGUCUGCUUGUUCCCUUGCUAGCUAAGCUCACAGGACGACCACGUGGGCUUGGGGAAAAAACACGCAUGGGAGUUGGAUUACUGCUGUCGGCAUUGGCAAUGGCCAUAGCUGCAAUCGUAGAGAAGGUAAGGAGAAGAAUUGCCAUUGAUAAAGGGCUAGCUGAUAAGCCAGAGACAGUGAUGGAUAUGUCAGCAAUGCUUCUGAUUCCACAAUUUUGCUUGUUUGGGUUGGCUGAGGCUUUCAAUGCAAUUGGGCAGCUUGAAUUCUACUAUUCUCAGCUUCCAAACAGCAUGUCUAGCAUUGCUUUGGCUCUUUUCACUCUAGGAUUGGCUGUGGCUAAUCUUUUGGGCAGUUUGCUGGUGAAGAUUGUUGAUGGGGUUACAAAGAAACGUGGGAAGAAUAGUUGGCUGUCGAGUAAUCUGAAUGAGGGGCGCUUGGAUUAUUUCUUUUGGCUCAUUACCAUUAUGUGUAUGGUUAAUUUUGUAUAUUUUCUUGUUUGUUGUUGGGCUUAUGGGCCUACCGAGGAUGGGAGGGAAAAAAUGAAAGAAGAAGAAGAAUAAUAUGUGCAGAAUAGCUAGGGAUGAAUUGGAUGAUGAGUGAAUAAUUUCA